AUGGAGGAGAGGGUUUCACCAAACUCAAGAGUGCUGCGCCACAUCGUGCACACAGACUUCGCUUUCCACGAACAAGCGCUUCCGCUGUGGCAAGAAUACGUGGACUGUCACGUGAAGGAGACGCUGGAGCGAUACGCAUUUGCUUUACCGUCGACUGAAGAGCUGCCUCGUGAGGACAUAUCUUCUCCCUGUUCAAGCACAACGUACGCCAUGCUGUGACUCGGAAAGCUACUAGUCGACUUCAAGGAAAUCGAAGAUAAAAUUUUCACGGAUACUGACAUGGACGAACUCGUUUGCAUUUGCAAAGCAAUCG